AUGCAGCUCCUCGGUAAAAGUCCCCAAUGCCUACUCACCUGCGAAGCAGCGCUGACCUGGAUAGAUCCCCAGAGUAACGCCUUACAGGAUAUCGUCGAUAAGUACCGUCCGGACUUGGAGCAUUACGAGACCAUUUAUCGCAAGCUGCACAGUGAGCCUGAGCUAUCGGGGCAAGAGGAACAGACCUCCGCCGCCGUCGCAAACCAUCUCCAGCGCCUUGGGUAUGAAGUCCAGACACACAUAGGUGGGUACGGGGUCGCUGCUGUGCUCAAGAAUGGCCCAGGGCCUACAGUGCUACUCCGCGCAGACAUGGACGCCCUCCCAUUAGAGGAGAAGACAGACCUAUCAUACGCCAGCCGCAAAACAACCAAGAACAAAGACGGCAUCAAAGUCUCUGUCAUGCACGCCUGCGGCCACGAUACCCACGUCGCAAGUCUGCUAGGCGCCGCUGAGCUCCUCUCAUCGGCCAAGUCCCAGUGGACCGGGACGUUAGUCCUCAUCUUCCAGCCCGCGGAGGAAGAGCUCUCCGGCGCGCAAGCCAUGCUCGACGACGGGCUCUACGACAAGGUUCCCAAACCCUCCAUCGUCCUAGCGCAGCACGUCAUGCGCAUGAAAACAGGCACCGUAAGCAUCCGUGCCGGCCGCCUCCUAACCGCAACAGACGCCUUUGAUGUUCGGAUCUUUGGACGCGGUGGACACGGCUCAGCACCACAGACCUGUAUCGAUCCCAUCGUGAUCGGGGCGUCAAUCGUCACGCGGCUGCAGAGCAUCGUAAGCCGCGAGGUGACGCCGGGCGAACUGGCGGUUGUUACCUGCGGAAGUAUCCAGGCGGGUCAUGCGCCUAACAUCAUUCCAGAUCAGCUAGAUUUGAAAUUGAGUGUCCGGAGUUAUGAUGCGAAAGUCCACGCGCGAGUAGUUGCGGCGGUUAAGCGGAUUGUGGAGGCAGAGUGUGCCGCUGCAGGCGUGCCAGAGGAUUUGAAGCCGGCCAUGACGCGCACAUUUACCGCGCCGGCGACGAUAAAUGAUGAUCAGGCGGUUGAAGCUUUGCGGGGCACGUUCGGGUCAUAUUUCGGAGAGAAUCUGGUGGAGAUGGAACCUUCGGCGGCGAGCGAGGACUUUUCGUUAUUGGCGACAGCGGCGGGAGCACCGUAUGUAAUGUGGACUUUCGGAGGGGUUGAUGCGAAGAUCUGGGAUGAGGCUGUCCAAAAGGAGGCCGUGAAUGAGCUGCCGAGUAACCAUUCGCCGUUCUUUGCGCCAGUGGUUGAGCCAACGCUGGCCACAGCGGUGGACGCGAUGGCGGUCGGGGCUCUGACGUUCUUGACAGUGUCUCAUCGAUGA